AUGCCAGUCUUCUGUCCGCCGACACCGAAUAUGGCCGUAGAAACGGGAGAGCGCGGAAGGCGCAAUCCACCGACUUCGAGGUUAUGCGAGCAUCACUUUGAUGACUCCCAAUUUGAAAACCACCGAGAGGAUAAAUGGCGAAAAUUAAAACCAAACGCUGUUCCAACUAUUUUUAAUGAUAAAAAUUCAACAAUUACAUUUAAUAACCAGUUAGCAGUUGGGCAACAAACUCCUCACGAAAACCUAUUUGAAAAUGAUUAUGUUCAAGACUUUAAUCCGGUGAUUUUAACUAAUUUCAACAGUAAUAUUAGAGAUAAUGAGAACGUUAUCGAUGAAAAUUCACUAAAUGAACAUUUUCCAUCAGCAAAAAUGGUCACAGAUGCAAGCAUUCAAACUGAUGGUGACAGUGACACACUUAUGUUACAAACAAAAUACAUUUCUAAUGAAGAAGGUACUAUCCGACAAGCUAAUGAAAUAAAAUACUUGCAACUGCAAUUAGAAAAAGAGCGUGCAAAAGCUAAUAUAGAGCGUGCAAAAGCUAAUAUGCUAAAGUCGAAAUAUGAAAAUGAAAAAUUAUUACGACUAAAAAUGACAACAAAAAUAAAAUCUUAUAAGAAAAAAUGUUGUACCUUAUCUGAAAAAUUGGAAAAUAUUCCAUUUUUCAAGAAAUUUGCUGCAGGAUUAUCUAAUCCACAUCAACCAAAAUGGUCUCCUGAAUGCUUAAAACUUGCAACACAAAUAAGAUACGCUGUUGGAUGGAAGGCCUAUUUAUAUUUGAAAAAAGAUCUUCAGUUACCUUUACCAGCUUAUUCUACUUUAUGCAAACACAUCAGUAAACUUGAUUUCUCUCCUGGUCUGUUAAAUGACGUCCUUUCAUUAAUGGCAAAGAAAAAGAAAACUCAUUCAUCUGCGCAUCAAAGUGAUAGUGUUGUUUUGAUGGAUGAAAUGGAAAUUAAAAAAUCCUUGGAGUAUGAUGUUAGCACAGGUAUAUAUGAUACAAACUGAAGUUUAUAUUUAUAUUACGACUAAUAAUUACAAAAUAUGAUUACAAAAAUAGAUAUUCUUAGCAUCCUUAUUAAAAGAAAGUCCUACACUCUGUAUAUCUCUGUAUAUAAGUACUAAUUCAUGAGUGUUUUUCUACAGUCUCUUUAUUGAUAAAUAGAAUAUAUUUUCAAUUGUAUAAUAAUAAUAAUAAUAUUAAUAAUAAUUGUAAGAAUAAUUGUAAUUAAAAUAAUGAUUUUGAUAAUAGUAUUGAUAAUGAUACCUAUAAGUAAUAGUAUUAGAGUAAGAAAAUUGUAAUAAUAACAUAAUUUUUUUCUCA